AUGGAUCAAACAGAUAUAUUGGAUUCACAAACUAACGGUGAUGAGGAUUACCGGAAAGAUAGUACCAUUCAACCACCCUCGUAUGAAUCCGCCACUUACGAACCCACAACAGGCGACGACCAUGGCGGGGACGAUUCAAAAGAACCUAAUCAAAAUACACACGACUCGGAAAUGUUGGUAAAUGUUGACUCGAAAGGUGUCAGCGGUGACGAAAUCACGUACGAGAUAUCUGCUGAUGAACCAAAAUCAUGGAAUCUGGAUGAAACAGGUCCAGACAACAAACCGCGAUGGCGUAGACGCACGCAAGAAGAAUUGGAUGUCUCGUUCGAAGCUAAUACAUUUCCUAAUCCCACUACACAAUUGUCACCAACACAAGACACAUCAGAACUACUGUACGAUGAUGAGCCCUUGCUCCCACCAGUUCCACCCCAAACACCUCAAAUUGACGACUUAGAGGGGUUGACAGCUGAACACGGUCCUUUUCACAUUGUAUACGGUCCGGAACAGCCUAUCAGGCCCGUGGAUCAACUUGAAUGGCCAAAAGAAAAAACAGUACUUGUGACAACUUACAAAAAUGACUAUCCACCCCGACUAAAUAACCGGCGACAGGACCCAAUUUUGCCCAAAUCGUCACUUUCUAAUCCAAAACACGCGGAACCAUUACAGACAACUUAUAAAACCGAUUAUAUUAGUCGACCGAUUGAACGUCUCGAACCUAUUCUGCCUAAACCCUUGUUAGGACAGUCCAUGGAACCCAUGCAAGAAAUCACGUCUUACCGGCUAGACUUUCCCCCACGUGUAGGUCAAAAGCGUGAUGGUAUAAAACCACCACAAAAUCUGGCAAUUUCUUCGGAUCCAAUGGAACGAUACACCUCUCACAUGAUUGAAUAUCCGCCGCGUGAUUUUAUUCCAAGAAGUAAACCCUUUCGACCGACAUGUCAACCAAGUUUUCUUGCCGGAGUUAGUACGGGAAUAAGCGCCUACCGGGAAGAAUUCAUCACCCCCGAUUUAAUGCCGUUUCAUAGCUGGAAGCCGAACUGCAAAUACAUUCCUCCAACGUUACCAAUGGAAUCCCAAACUGUUUAUCGUACCGCUUUCGGUUCCAUGAAUCCCAUAGCAACGGAGAAUUUUGCCCCAAAAUGCAUCUAUCAGCCACCCACAGAACCGAUUUCCGAUAGAACCAGUUAUCGGAUUGAUUUUUCACCUCCACCUCCAGUACAAACCAUCAGUUUCAAACCUCGUCUCGUUUACCGUCACGAACCGAAGAACGGUUUGGCACAAACAUCGACGCAAAACCUCUCUGGACGACAAUAUAGUCAGCCAUGGGGGCAAACCGCUAGGCUGAAUUCAGUCUCUUAUGCGAAUUACCAGCCACCUGUUGGAUCCUAUCGUGACAAUAUGGACGGAUUUAGCAACGGGGGAAUGAAAAUCUCACUAAAUUCCAGUUGGACCGGAACGAAACAGCAGAAAAAGGAAAUCAGUUGGAAUUUGUCCGCUAACAAUUACUCGGACAGACAAGAUCAAUCUCUGAGUAAGCGAUUGAGCAAAUCCAUGACUGGGUUAUCGGCACAGAGCCCGAUCAGUGCAUCCAUGGGGAAAGCAGUGACAAAAAUUAUGAAAGCUUUGGACAGUAAACCACUGAUUAGUCUACCGAAACUGACCUCACGCUGA